GCAGUUUCACAGUAUGUUACACAACUGAAUAUCGGUCUAUAUCUUGACGAUCUAAUCGAGCCAUAUUAUAGAUCGCUAUCUUGUGCUCAACUUUUAGUUGCUCUUUUGUGAGUUUUUACUUUAGAAUACUGACAUUUCGACAACAGCUCCCUUAUAGCUGUAGUAACAAUGUUGGUGGCCUUGCUCCUACUGGGUGCAGGAUGUACUAUAACCCUUGCUUCCCCACAUGGAGCAAAUGUGAGACUAGGGACCGCACCUGAUCAGAAUAUCCAGCCGUUUCAAGUCUUGGGAAGCUCACUAGGGGCGGUACCACAAACAGACGAUGUUGACAAACUCAACGAUGGACUUGGCCUGGAGAACGUUGGCCAUAUCAGAAGACGCAGGUUGGCUGACGACAAAAAACUUGACCUUAAGAUGAAAAUGCAAAGGGUCAAGAAAGUGGUGAGCAUGGAUGCUAUCGGCUCCUACAGCCUUUACCGCAGCAAUGACCGCAGGACCUCUUUGAAGGCUUUUGGUUCCACGGAGCUGUGGUACGACGGCAAAGGAUUCGGCCUCAAGAAGCCUGGCUUAGGAGUCCAGUUCACCAUCUACUACUAAUAUGACAUAUAACAUUUCCCCUCAUAUUUGUAACUCCAUAAAUAAAAAUAGAUUAAACACGCA